CCCCUUCUCCCUCCCCCACCCCACCCCCACUCAAGUCCUGCGGACCUGGGGGCUUCAGGAUCUGGGCGCUAUGAAAAGUGUCUGCUCAGUCACUUCCGGUUUUUCUUCCCCCAAUCCCUCAGCUGCUGCUGCUGCUGCUGCUCAGGAGGUCAGAUCUGCCACUGAUGGUAAUACCAGCACCACUCCGCCCACCUCUGCCAAGAAGAGAAAGUUAAACAGCAGCAGCAGCAGUAGCGGCAGUAACAGUAGUAACGAGAGAGAAGACUUUGAUUCCACCUCUCCCUCCUCUUCCACUCCUUUACAACCCAGGGAUUCGGCAUCCCCUUCAACCUCGUCCUUCUCCUGCCUGGGGGUUUCAGUGGCUGCUCCCAGCCACGUACCGAUACAGAAGAAGCUGCGUUUUGAAGACGCCCUGGAGUUUGUAGGGUUUGAUGCGAAGAUGGCUGAGGAAUCCUCCUCCUCCUCCUCCUCAUCUUCACCAACUGCUGCAACAUCUCAGCAGCAGCAACUUAAAAAUAAGAGUAUAUUAAUCUCUUCUGUGGCUUCGGUGCAUCACGCAAACGGCCUAGCCAAAUCUUCUACCACCGUCUCUAGCUUUGCUAACAGCAAGCCUGGCUCUGCUAAGAAGUUAGUGAUCAAGAACUUUAAAGAUAAGCCUAAAUUACCAGAAAACUACACAGAUGAAACAUGGCAGAAACUGAAAGAAGCAGUGGAAGCUAUUCAGAAUAGUACUUCGAUUAAGUACAAUUUAGAAGAACUCUAUCAGGCUGUGGAAAAUCUCUGUUCUUACAAGAUUUCUGCAAACUUGUACAAACAGCUGAGACAGAUUUGUGAAGAUCACAUCAAAGCACAAAUUCAUCAGUUCAGAGAGGAUUCAUUGGAUAGUGUUCUUUUUCUAAAGAAGAUCGAUAGAUGUUGGCAAAACCAUUGCAGACAAAUGAUCAUGAUCAGGAGCAUUUUUUUGUUUCUGGAUAGGACUUACGUUCUUCAAAAUUCAAUGCUACCCUCCAUUUGGGAUAUGGGACUGGAGUUAUUUAGGGCUCAUAUUAUAAGUGAUCAGAAAGUCCAGAAUAAGACAAUUGAUGGCAUUCUUCUUUUGAUUGAGAGGGAAAGGAAUGGUGAAGCAAUUGAUAGAAGUUUACUCCGAAGCCUUUUAAGCAUGCUCUCUGAUUUGCAAAUUUAUCAGGAUUCUUUUGAACAACGAUUUUUGGAAGAAACUAACCGACUCUACGCAGCUGAAGGCCAAAAAUUAAUGCAGGAAAGAGAGGUUCCUGAAUAUCUUCAUCAUGUUAACAAACGUCUAGAAGAAGAAGCAGACAGACUUAUUACUUACUUAGAUCAGACCACCCAAAAGUCAUUAAUUGCUACUGUGGAAAAACAACUUCUAGGUGAACACUUAACAGCGAUUCUUCAGAAAGGUUUAAAUAACCUCCUUGAUGAAAACCGAAUUCAAGAUUUAUCUCUCCUGUAUCAACUCUUCAGUAGAGUUCGAGGUGGCGUUCAGGUUCUCUUGCAGCAAUGGAUUGAAUACAUUAAGGCAUUUGGUAGCACUAUUGUAAUUAAUCCUGAAAAGGAUAAAACCAUGGUUCAAGAAUUGCUGGAUUUUAAAGAUAAGGUUGAUCAUAUAAUUGAUAUCUGUUUCCUGAAAAAUGAAAAAUUUAUCAACGCCAUGAAAGAAGCAUUUGAAACAUUCAUUAACAAAAGACCAAACAAACCUGCUGAACUUAUAGCUAAGUAUGUAGAUUCAAAGCUUCGUGCAGGCAACAAAGAAGCUACAGAUGAAGAACUUGAGAAAAUGUUGGAUAAGAUUAUGAUUAUAUUUAGAUUUAUCUAUGGCAAGGAUGUUUUUGAGGCCUUCUAUAAGAAAGAUUUAGCCAAGCGCCUGUUAGUUGGGAAGAGUGCAUCUGUGGAUGCUGAAAAAUCAAUGCUGUCCAAACUUAAACAUGAAUGUGGAGCUGCUUUCACCAGCAAACUUGAAGGAAUGUUUAAAGACAUGGAACUUUCUAAAGACAUCAUGAUUCAGUUCAAACAGUAUAUGCAGAACCAGAAUGUACCUGGGAAUAUUGAAUUAACUGUGAAUAUCCUGACGAUGGGUUAUUGGCCAACAUAUGUGCCUAUGGAAGUUCAUUUACCACCAGAGAUGGUAAAACUUCAGGAGAUUUUCAAGACCUUUUACCUAGGCAAACAUAGUGGCAGGAAACUUCAGUGGCAGUCAACCCUAGGACACUGUGUGCUAAAGGCAGAAUUUAAAGAGGGUAAAAAGGAACUCCAGGUCUCUCUUUUUCAAACACUGGUGCUGCUAAUGUUUAAUGAGGGAGAGGAGUUCAGUUUAGAAGAGAUCAAGCAGGCUACUGGAAUAGAGGAUGGAGAGUUAAGAAGAACACUGCAGUCAUUGGCCUGUGGCAAAGCUCGAGUUCUGGCGAAAAAUCCAAAGGGUAAAGAUAUCGAAGAUGGUGACAAGUUCAUUUGUAAUGAUGAUUUCAAGCACAAACUUUUCAGGAUAAAGAUCAAUCAAAUUCAGAUGAAAGAAACGGUUGAGGAACAAGCAAGCACCACAGAAAGAGUAUUUCAAGACAGACAGUAUCAAAUUGAUGCUGCAAUUGUUCGAAUUAUGAAGAUGAGAAAGACACUUAGCCACAAUCUCCUUGUUUCAGAAGUGUACAACCAGUUGAAAUUUCCGGUAAAGCCUGCUGAUCUUAAGAAGAGAAUAGAAUCCUUAAUUGACCGGGACUACAUGGAAAGAGAUAAAGAAAAUCCAAACCAGUACAAUUAUAUUGCAUAAAAUGUUGGCCUUGGAGCAUUUGGUGUCAUAAGCAGUAGCCAGUGGAUAAACUAACCUGUUAUUAUUUGACUUCUUUUAUACUACCAAUGACCAAAUGAAGCAGUGUAAUGGAAAUAGUUGAGUGACUUUUCAGUGGUUAACAUGCCCAUUUAAAGAGUAAUACUUACCUUUAAGAAGAAUGUUGUUGAACUCUUUGCAUGUUAUUUAGUAUGAUGUGCAGAAAACUUAAGAAAGUACCUGGUCUUCAUGAUUCCUAUUUGGAACUGGGGAAGAGGUCCCUAUGGCUAUUAAAAAAAAGAGGAGGAGGGGGGUUCUUAUACACCAUUAAUUAUGAAGCAAAAGGUUUAUUUGCUUAAAAUGUCAUUUAAAGAUACUUAAACUGCAUGCAAACUUUAUUUACUGUACAGAGUUCUGGAUGUAUUUAUCAAAUAGAAAAACCACCCUGGACUUGGUUGUUCACCUGUUUUGUGAUUUCCCUUGAAGAGAAAAAUAAGUUGUCAUAGCUAUUGAUAUUUUACUAAGUAAUGUUCUGUUACACUGAAAGGGAUGUUUUAAAAAUUUUUAUUUGGAAACAAGUUUUCAAGCAGAGGGACGGUUGCUUACAUAGUCUUGUAUACACACAUCCUAAAAUGUUCCCAUGGGAUGUGUGUAUAUGGUUCAGCCCUGAGUUUACUGUGCUGAUUAACAGGUACUUAUAAAAAUAGCUGAAAUAGAAAAUUGCUGGUCAGUUGUACUAGAAGAACAUGGUAGGAGAGAAAAAUCCAACUCUUCCUUCAUAUUAAAAAUGAAUAUAAUAUGAACAUCACAAAAGAGACCAAAACCUAUGUGUUUUGUAACUUUUUACAAGAGCAAAAAUUCAUAAACUAGUUUUCAGCUUCCUUUAGACUUUAAUGUUGUUUGGACAGUUAUGUCUUUAACUUGGACCAAUUGUAGAUUGUUACAGGCUUUCUGGGAUUUAGCAUUCCUAUUUUCUCUACCAAAGUUUUUUAUUGGAAGCACCUCAACUCUCCUUUUUGUUGGCAUAUAAGCAUUUCCUAUCAUCCUUAUUUUAACUUCCUAAAGCCCUAGAUAGAACUAGACCCUUCCUCAUUUCCCCCAUACACCCCCUAGUUGGGAAUUACAAAUUCUGUAUUAUGCUGAUCUUAUUCCUUUCAAAAUUGCUUGAAGAUAAAGAGUUCUCAUAGCCACUGGACACCUGUUUUUCAGGGGAAUGUCCUAGGAUUGUUCAUACAUAGAAAAUAGCAAAAGCAUUGUUUUUCAAAUUGAUAAUGUGAGUAAAAGUCUUCUC